AUGGGCAUGCUUCCGUUCCUGGACCAGCCGGUCUUGUUGCACUCUGACCGGGAUCCGGGAGAGUGCACCAUGACACCGGAGCAGUGUGCUUAUAAAACGCAGUAUUGGGUGAACUGGUAUCAAGCUGAUCAUCGCUAUGCCCUACCAACUGUGGCCUUUUUCAUGGUUGCGAUUAUUCUUUUCGCAAUUGCCCAUAUAACGCAAAGUAUCACACCUCGGAGAGCGCAGAAGAGCUCGAUAUGGCUGCGGCCUUUGGCGUUUCUUCGGUUCUUGUCUUACAAGAGCUGGCGAGUUGGGAGAUGGAACUCGCAGUCUCUUGGUGUUUUUCUCCUUGGAGCCGCGGGACUGGUAUUUUUCCUUGCGAUGACUCUUGGGCCGCAUCCUUAUUACUGGCCUAACACCAUGACACUCAGCUAUGGUGGAUCUCCGCCUAUCGCCACGCGAUCCGGUUUCAUGGCUCUUGCGUGUAUGCCGUUCCUCGUCAUCCUGGGUGCCAAAACCAACCCGAUCACCUUGUUGACAGGCAUCUCCCAUGAAAAACUUUUCGUUUGGCACAACUGGAUUGCCUGGGCCAUGUUUGUGCUAGCACUGGUCCACACUUUUCCUUUUAUUGUGUACCACAUGUGGAUGGGUGAUAUCAAAGAACAAUGGUAUGAUGGAGGUGUUUGGGUAACGGGAGUGGUUGCUCUGAUCGCUCAAGCUUGGUUGACUUUCAUGUCAAUUCCCUGGAUCCGUAAUCGCUACUACGAAUUUUUCAAAGCCACUCACUUCUUCAUGGCGAUGGUCUUCGUCAUCUUCUUCUUCAUCCACUGCGACUUCCGAAUGUCCUCCUGGGACUACUUCAUCGCCACUGCAGUGCUGUAUUCGCUCUCCUGGUUGUAUGCGCAAUGCCGAACAUGGUUUGAGCAUGGCGUAGGACACAAAGCUCGUCUUGUCCCCGAGUCCGACGAGACAUUGAAAGUGACCAUUGAUACCAAGAUGGAGUGGGGGCCCGGUCAGCACAUUUUCCUGCGGUUCUUGACAUGUGGAAUGCACUCCCUCACGUCCCACCCGUUCACAAUCUGCUCCGUCCCGCAAAGGAACGGUAAGAACCAGUUAGUCUUCUAUAUCAAGCAACAUGGAGGAGUAACGGGUCGCUUGAUGAGCAUGGCCAAAAAGACCCCGGACGUGCAAGUACCAGUCCUUCUAGAUGGUCCAUAUGGUGGAAUUCCAGCUGGCCGUCUCCAGAAUUUCGACAAGUCUCUUAUCGUUGGCGGUGGUGCCGGUGCUGGAUUGACAUUAUCCAUGAUUGAAGAUUUCGUUCGUUUCCCUUCUCCACAGCAGGAUAAGGAGAUGAAGGUUAUUGUUGCCACACGCGAUCCGGGUAUGAGGGCGUGGUACUUGCAAGCUUUGGAGGAUUUGGCGGCGAGACAGUCUCAACAGAAACCCGUCGCUGGAUUAUCAGUUCACAUCCAUGAGACCUUCUCGACACAAUCGACCCAGUCCACCCCGGAUUCUGAUGAGAAGGAGACUAAUGUGGGUGAGAGUGGGAAAAAGCAAGAAGUGCAUUCCAAUGAAUGUAAUCCCUUGACCAGUGAGAUCUUUGGUGUUCAGCUCUUUACUGGCAGACCAGAUCUACCGAGUACCAUCCGACAAAUGGCCAGCCAAGAGGGAACUUCUGUCGGCGUUGUUGUCUGCGGUCCUUCGUCCAUGACACAUGAUGUUGGGACUGCUUCGUCGGAAGUUCAAAGUCACAUUUUGGCUAAGAAGCCUGGUAAUGCGCGGGAACUGUGGCUGCAUAGAGAGAAUUUCUCUUUUUAG